AUGGCAACCUUAUUUGGAAAACUCGGAGAACAUGAGUUAGAGCUUGGAAGGCUGGAGGAGGAAGAAGAAAUUGAAGAAAAGAAAUCAAUUGCUCUAAAAGGCACAAGCAAGAAAGCUACAAAGAGUCUUGAACCUGAAGUUGACUUAGAAACAAAAAUACAUGACAAAGAGUUAAUGAGCAUGGUGGUAAGGAAGUUUAAUCGAUUUAUGAAAAAUAAGAGUUCCACCACUAACUAUGCAGGUCCUGUAAAAGGAAAGAAAAAUUCAAGAACAAAUGUUGUCCAAUGCUACGAGUGUGGAAGAGAAGGACACAUCAAACCAGAUUGUCCAUACCAGAAGAUUAAACAAAAAGGAAGCAGAAAAUUUCCACAGGAGAAAGGAAGGAAGCAAAAGAGUGCAUACAUUGCUUGGGAAAAUAGUGAUUAUGAUUUUUCAAGCGAUGAGGAUUGCAUCAUUGAAGAAGAGUCAAACAUUUGCUUCAUGGUUGGCUUAGCACAGAAUGAUUAUGAUAGUAAUUAG